AUGAAAAAGCAGUACAGCGUCUUUGACUACUACAAGGAUGAGGGCUGUGCGCAGCGUAUUGCUCGACAUCCGGUGUUCGACAACGUGACGAUUUUGGUUGUGAUUGCCAACUCGAUUUGGCUGGGUGUAGAUGCAGACAUGAAUCAAGAGGCCAUCCUUUUCAAUGCCCAUCCAGUGAUUAUUGCUGGAGAGAACUUCUUUUGCAUCUACUUCACGCUGGAGAUCAUCAUCCGUUUCUUGGCCUUCCAGCGGAAGUUGAACGCCUUCAAAGAUCCUUGGACGGAUUGCGCUGUUGAUUUUUGGUUUAGCUUCGACCUUUGCUUGGCCAUCCUCAUCAUUGUGGAAGCUCAGCUGGGUCAGGAGACCUGGGUCACACCGGUCGUGCUGCUGAUGGCCGGUGGCUCCUCUGGCCUCCCCGAGGGCACCGUCCUGCUACGGCUCAUUCGCCUGGUGAGGCUGGUGCGCUUGACGCGGCUCACGCGUUUGUUGCGCUCCUUCCCUGAGCUGAUGAUCAUCGUCAAGGGUCUCGCCUUUGCAGCCAGGUCGGUGUGUGUGUUCUCCUUGCUGUGGGCAAUCAUCACCUAUGCCUUCGCAAUCAUCCUCCGACAGCUCACAGAGGGUUCCGCCAUUGGCACCACCUUCUUCAGCUCUGUGCCUGAGUCCAUCAACACCCUGCUGCUACCGGCAGUGUUUGGAGCCAAUGCAGAUGUCAUCAACAGCAUCACCGCUGGAAAUCCUGGACUGUGGCCCAUCAUGGUCUUCUUCAUGGCCUUGGUCUCGGUGACGAUCAUGUACAUGUUGCUGGGCGUUUUGGUGGAUGUGCCACUCGGGCGGAUAUGGUCCAUGGGCAGGAUUGGUGCGGUGGCAUCCACAGAGAAGCAGAAGAUCGAAAUUACUUACAUCGUGGGGCAGCUCCGGGAGGAACUCGAGAAGCUGGCGAUCGUGCCUGAGGCCAUGGAAUUGAACCAAGCGGACUUCCAGAAGUUAGUUCUGGAGCCGGGCAUCGUCCGCGUCAUGCACGAGGCAGGCGUGAACGUCGAUGUGUUGGCUGAAAUGCUCGACUUGGUUUGGGAGGACGCCACCGCCAAGACGCAGAAUAUGGGUUUUUCGGACUUGGUGAACAUGGUCCUUGGCAUGAGGGGAUCUAAUCCAGCCACGGUAAAGGACUGCAAAGAGCAGAUCCGGGUCACCAACUCCCUCAUCAAACGUUGCUUCGACUCCUUGUACGACGAGCUGGAUGAGCGCUUCCAGCAGAUGCGCACGGAGAUUCAGAACAGCCUGGAGCAUCGGCGCUGUUGUCGCGCCGCCUUUUCGGGGGCUGGGGAGGUUCUGAUAGACACGUCCCAAGACAUUGACGCUGAAGGGGAUUUUGCAUGGAUUUCCCACAUGACCGUUUCCAAUUUACGGUAA